CGUCUCCGCGUCGGAUCGGUAGCCGCGCCGUUUCCCGACUCUCCAGGCACAAAUAGCCGGCCGCCGCCGUAACCGGCGAACUCGUGCCUCUUCCGCUUCCGCCGCCGCCACCUGAUUUGCUAGUGCCCUCGCGCGACAUAGCAGAUUCCCCACCUCCCAGCAUCUCGCAUUCUCGCUGGUUGCGGCGCGACCGUGCGAGAAGUGCUCGUAGCCCCUAGCCCCGCCCCCGCGGCGAGAUUGUGUCCGCAUGGCGAGGAACCCCGGCCGCACGGUCUACAUAGGUAAUUUGGAUGAGAAGGUAUCUAAAAGAAUCCUGUAUGAGAUUCUUAUUCAGGCAGGUCCCAUAAUGGACCUACAUAUACCCUGUGACAAGGAGAACAAUCGUCUCAAAGGUUAUGCUUUUGCUGAGUAUGAAACUGAGGAAAUUGCCCAGUAUGCUGUUAAACUUUUUUCAGGACUUGUUCGGGUCAAUGGUAAAACACUUAAAUUCGUGAUUGCUGGUCACGAGAAACCCUCUUCAAACAGCAAGAACCCAGUAGUGCCUAAUCUCAAUCCUAUACCGUCUUCAAAUGGCAAUAACCCAGUAAUGCCUAAGCUCAACCCUAUACCGUUACCAAAACAGACUCAAUUCGCGCAUUGUAGUGAUAUGCCUGUGUCUCAUACCCCAGCAUAUCCAGUGGUAAACGGCAGGAUUGCAGGUUAUGGUUUCUCUCCCACUCCUUAUCCAUAUGGUGUUCACCCUCAAGCUUUAUCAGGAGGACCAGUACACGGCCAUGGCCAGGUAAGCAAUGUUACAUAUGAUUACAGUAGGCAGGAAUUUGGUUCUGUUUUGAACAUCGCCCACAGAGGUCCUGUUAUGAAUGCCUUCGCACAAGGAGCUGCGAAUCAGCCAAUCAUGUACCCAUCCUACUAGAACCGAAGAAUGUAUGUUGAGAGAGUAGCCAGGUGGACAUAGCUUCUUGAUGCCUCAGAAUCUCAGGAGCGUCUAGAUUGUAGUACAUCGUAGUCAUGCUCAUGCAUGUAAAUAUGGUUAUUAUAUCUUCUAGAUCUUCAGAAGAAGACUACCAUGUAUUUCUUAAAAGCUAAAAUCAUCCUGUUGUGUACUCUGAUUUCAAAAUUCCGAAGCCAGCAGAUAUUCACAAAAGGAGAGUUGAGACUAUUGUGUUAGUGCCAGCCACAAAUGAAUCUAACUCAUUUGGGAUGGACUGCUGGACCAACAGAAAAUUCCUGAAUGUAGACUUUCAUCAAUAAGUAUUUGUGUUGACAUUUGCUGAUUGAAAGUGAAUUAAAUGGUAGAAAACUCAGUUGUAGUCUGGCACAAGUUUAUUUUAACACUGGUUAUGCAAUUAUUAUAA